AUGAGCAAUGCUCUCGUAAGAGCAGGUCACGGCCUGACGCUGGCGGAGAAGCGUAUUGUCAUGCUGGCCGUAUCCAAACUGGAUAGCCGGGCACCGACACCAACCCCCACAUCACUUGUGCCACGAACCAAGAUCACGGCAGCCGAAUAUGCGGAAACAUUCUCCGUUGAUGCUAGGACAGCCUACGAAGCCCUACAGGAUGCGGCAAAGCACCUGUUCGACCGUAAAAUCACCUUUUUCGAGCCUGCCUACACACGGGCCGGAAAGCCACUCAAACCCAUCCGCAAUGACAUGCGAUGGUUCACCACCUACAAGCUGCAACAAGCCAACGCUCUCCGAUCAGCCUACUCAUGGCGGCUCUUGGAACUGCUCAUGCACUAUCGGGACAGUGGGAUAGCCGAAUAUACCAUUGAGGAUUUCUGCGCCUCGAUGGACGCCACAGAGAAACAGAAGGCCGAUUUCAACAAUAUCCGUCGCCGCAUCAUCGAGCCCGCUGUCAAAGAACUGAUCGAGAAAGACGGCUGGCUUAUCCAGUGGACGCCCAUCAAGGCGGGUCGAAAGGUCUCACGGCUUCGCUUUGAGUUCAGGAAGAACCCACAACCCGAUCUGUUCCCCCCACCAUAG